CAAUUAAGGACCAUAAAGGAAACAAGAUACAGGCACACCUCGUUUCAGAGCGCCGCACAGCUGUGUUUUACAAGCGGAAGGCAAGGUCCUCCGCCAGCCGAAGGUUGACUGGCUCAGCUGGCGGUGCUGCCCACCGCGGCGGCCUGGAGGCGACCCGCACCUGCCAGACAUGGAUUUAGAUGCUGUUACAAAACACUCAGCAUUACAUGCCAAGCCCAGUGGACUCAUUCUUCAAUAUGGGACUGCUGGAUUUCGAACAAAAGCAGAACAUCUUGAUCAUGUCAUGUUUCGCAUGGGCUUAUUAGCUGUUCUGCGGUCAAAACAGACAAAAUCUACAAUAGGAGUCAUGGUAACAGCAUCACACAAUCCUGAGGAAGACAAUGGUGUCAAAUUGGUGGAUCCUUUGGGUGAAAUGCUGGCACCUUCCUGGGAGGAACACGCUACCUGUUUGGCAAAUGCUGAGGAGCAAGAUGUGCAGAGAGUGCUGCUGGACAUCAGCGAGAAAGCUGCCGUGGAUCUGCAGCAAGAUGCCUUCGUCGUGAUUGGUAGAGAUACCAGGCCCAGCAGUGAGAAACUUUCGCAGUCUGUAAUAGAUGGCAUCACUGUUUCAGGCGGUCAAUUCCAUGAUUACGGCUUGCUGACAACACCGCAGCUGCACUACAUGGUGUACUGCCGGAAUACCCAGGGCCAGUAUGGAAAGGCAACCACAGAAGGCUACUACCAGAAGCUCUCCAAGGCCUUUGUGGAGCUUACCAAACAGGCUUUCUGCAGUGGUGACGAAUGCCUGUUACUUAAGGUUGACUGUGCAAAUGGCAUAGGGGCCCUGAAGCUGAGAGAAAUGAAAAACUACUUCUCCCGGGGGCUGUCAAUUCAGUUGUUUAACGUUGGGACUACAGGGAAACUCAAUCAUUUAUGUGGGGCUGACUUUGUGAAAAGUCAUCAGAAACCUCCACAAGGAAUAGAAAUGAAACCCAAUGAAAGAUGCUGUUCCUUUGAUGGAGAUGCAGACAGAAUUAUUUAUUACUACUAUGAUGCAGAUGGCCACUUUCAUCUCAUUGAUGGAGACAAGAUAGCAACACUCAUUAGUAGUUUCCUUAAAGAGCUCCUGUUGGAGAUUGGAGAAAGUCUGAAUAUUGGCGUUGUACAAACUGCAUAUGCAAAUGGAAGCUCAACACGGUAUCUUGAAGAAGUUAUGAAGGUCCCAGUCUAUUGUACUAAAACUGGUGUAAAACAUUUGCAUCAUAAGGCUCAGGAGUUUGAUAUUGGAAUUUAUUUUGAAGCAAAUGGGCAUGGCACAGUGUUGUUUAGUAAAACUGCUGAAAUGAAGAUAAAACAGCUAGCAGAAGAAUUAGAAGAUAAGAAAAGGAAAGCUGCUAAGAUGCUUGAAAACAUUAUUGAUUUGUUUAACCAGGCAGCCGGUGAUGCUAUUUCUGACAUGCUGGUGAUCGAGGCAAUCUUGGCUCUGAAAGGGCUGACUAUACAACAGUGGGAUGCUCUCUAUACCGAUCUUCCAAAUCGACAGCUCAAAGUUAAGGUUGCAGACAGGCAAGUUAUUAGCACCACAGAUGCUGAAAGGAAAGCAGUCACACCCCCAGGACUACAGGAGGCAAUCGACAACCUGGUGAAGAAGUACAAGCUUUCCCGAGCUUUCGUCCGACCCUCUGGUACAGAAGACAUAGUCCGAGUAUAUGCAGAAGCAGACUCACAAGAAAGUGCAGACAGCCUGGCACAUGAAGUGAGCUUGGCGGUAUUUCAGCUGGCUGGAGGGGUUGGAGAAAGUCCCCAACCAGGUUUAUGAAGACAAUUUUUACAUUCUUGAGAGACUGGAUUUUUGAAAGGUUUUUAUAGAACGGUAAAGCCAUUAUUGUGACGGUUCAAACACAUCUAUAACCAUAAUGUUUACUGCACCUUGAUGGAUUGUUUCUAGGUCUGAUUGUUUUUCUUAAACACUACCAGAAUAAUUCCUUACAUUCAUUAAAUUCGUUGUUGUUUUUUCUUUUAAAUGGAACUUGCCCCUAUUUUCAGUCUCACUAAUGUAAGAUAUUGGGGCUUACAUAUAUGAUUCAAUUAACUUUAUAAUGUAUGCUGGGAAGAAAUCAUGAAGGCUGCUGGAAAUUAAAUCUUAUUAGCAACAUGUUGGGAUGUCUUUUCUGUAGCCAUUACCUAACCAGGAUGUUGUUUGCAGUCAAUUGUUCUCCAGUAAAGUCUUCAGAGUGAUUUUUAAGUGACUUACCUCUUCAGUUACCACCGUCUGGAAGCUGUACAUCUCUGUACAGAGGUGGACGUGCUACAUGUAAAGGGAUCAUGUCCCAGGCUUCAGGCUUCGGUUAUUCCUUAUUCCCCUUAGUGAAGGUAUGUGGGAGAAAGCUAAUUGUAAUGCAUCACCAAACCUCUGGCACUAAAAUGUGGUUAAUAACAGAAAGAAAAACUCCCCAACCAAUCUAAAUUAAACCAAUCUUGACACCAAUAGAAAAAAAUGUGCAGUGUGUAUUUUGCAGGUUUAAGACAACUCAGGACAGUAAAAACAAUGAACUAUAUAUGCAUAUAUAGAUCUCUCUUAGGCACCAUAAUCAAUAUGAGCCAACAAUAUUUAUAUGUGAUCCAGGCCACAUUCAGACGUUUGCUCUUAUUUACAAAUACUUAAAUUAAAUACAACCUGAAAUGUGUUUUGUUACAUACAAAAAAAAAAAAAAAAAAGAAACUAUAGAACUCAGAGUAAUGUUUUGUUUUAAAUGAUAACAUUUACAUUUAAACUAAAUGGAACCACUUGUGGUGCUCAAGUUUUUAUCACUCCUUCCAGAAAAUCUUUUUCUACCAUCUCUUCUAUUUUUUGCCUGGCUUUGCUGGAAAAUGGUUUGUGGUUUUCCAGUUUCAUGUCCGUAUUAGGGAAAGUGUUUGAGUAGAGGACAGGGCUCCCUGAGUGUCCCACACAUCGGCUAGUGACUUUGCUGUUGAAGACUUGACUGAGCACAUUGAAGAAUGGCAGGAGCUGCUCAAUACUGCGCACGGUACAGAUGGUGAGCAGUAAGUGCCCCGGCUCCCAACCUAAUGUUCUCCCUGAGUUGUCUUCCUCUGGGUUUUUCUGCAGAAAACAAAAAGGGAAUUGUUAUUAACAGAUGUUAUAGUACAUGAGAAUACUUAACAAGGAAUAAACAUCAAUAAACAGUUAAAUAAAUACAACUGAUAUUACAUCUUCAUUGUAGACUUAAGAUUCUUGCUUCUAACUGAGGCCUUUGGAUACCAGUUAUUAAGUGAAUAUAGAGGAGUCAAACACUGGUUACAUUUUUCAACUAGAAUGCAUAAAGAAGCUUAAUAGAAUUGGUUUUGGAUAGGGAGAGUCAAAUAUUAAAAGUUUAUUUUGUGCUUUGCAUAUACUCAAAAAGCUCCCAGAUUUCUGGACUCCCGCUAAUGUAACCAAGGACUAGGUCACAAAAUGGCUACAGAAGGCCAGGAAGGAACAAAGAUUCUUAUACAUUUUACCAUUAGUAACUCAAUUCCCUAUUAGCCAAGUGGCUUAAACUUGCCGCAAGAUGGUAGCAGGACCCAAAGUGAAUAACUGUCAUCAGCACAGAGAAAGGAAAGGAACCCUCGGGAGACUGUUUCUGUGUUGUGCUAAACAAUGUGGGGAGGAGAACUGGAACUGGAGUAAAAAUAUCCAGGUUAGUGCCCUAGCUCUGUCAUUUACUUACUGUGUAUCCUUGGGCAAGAUACAGAAAGGUUCCUCUAUAAAAUGGGGGACUCUAUCUUGCAGCAGGAAAGUCAAAUGAGAAUGUACGUAUGUAAAAAUUCUGUCAACUAAAUAAACACAAGAUCAUAUGUGUACUAAGAAGCUAAUUUGAAAAGCCACUAAAUAUACAAACACAGCUGUUAGCUAUCAAUAUGUCUGGAAAAAGUUAUAAGAACUAAAGAUGCUUGAACUUAGGCAGACUCAAAGAUAUGAAAACAAACACUAAACUGGAGAAAAAAAGGAAAAAUCAAGUGGAACUCAGGAAACAGAAUUACAAUCUGUCAUAUUAGUUACAAGAUCAGGUGUUGCCAAGAAACUUGAUUCUACCUAAUAUUUUAAUCACUAGUUUCCUAGUGGAGAAAGGAGAUGCAAAAUCCAGUUCAUUUUCUUGUGUGUGCUCACAGAUUUGUUUCUAAUUUUGUUUGCCAAUCUA